UCAGGCAGCGCCCGAUGACGCGGAAAACCUCGAGUUAAGGGAGAACGAUACUUUUCCAUUGGCUUCCGUCUUGUGCCAAUCUGAUGUGGGGUGGUUCAAGCUUGUGAUCCUCCCUCAUUUGUACGACAGUGACGGGAGGAGACGCUUGUGUAGUACUCUACAAUAGGCUAGUACUUUCUGUCAAUCACACGUAGGUGGGGUUUGUGAGGGGGCAGCUGUGGAGACUCCGGGCGGCGGCGGGUGAGCCGGGCGGAGCCGGCAGUGAAGGCAGCUGAUUGAACCCGGAGCUUCUCGUAGCUAUAGAAGAAAAAAAAGAAAAAAUCUCUAGAUGUGGCAUUUCUAGCAGUAAUCGACGAUACUUGAGCAGUGAAAAAUCUCUCCAGAGGAUUGAUCUGGAGUUCAGUUUGAUUCCUGGCCUUAAAAUCCUCCUAAAAAAGCAAGCGAUCAGAGAUGGCUGCCAUACGCAAGAAACUUGUCAUCGUGGGAGAUGGAGCUUGUGGAAAGACCUGCCUCCUUAUUGUCUUCAGCAAGGAUCAAUUUCCAGAGGUCUAUGUCCCCACUGUCUUUGAGAACUAUGUGGCUGACAUAGAGGUGGAUGGAAAGCAGGUAGAGCUUGCCCUGUGGGAUACAGCUGGCCAAGAGGACUAUGACCGUUUGAGACCGCUCUCUUACCCCGACACAGACGUCAUCCUCAUGUGCUUCUCCAUUGACAGCCCUGACAGUUUAGAGAAUAUCCCUGAGAAGUGGACUCCAGAGGUGAAGCACUUCUGUCCCAAUGUGCCUAUCAUCUUGGUGGGGAACAAGAAGGAUCUGCGUAAUGAUGAGCACACACGACGGGAGCUGGCCAAGAUGAAGCAGGAGCCAGUGAAGCCAGAAGAGGGUCGGGACAUGGCCAACAGGAUUAGCGCUUUUGGCUACCUGGAAUGCUCUGCCAAGACGAAGGAUGGAGUCCGGGAAGUAUUUGAGAUGGCCACCCGGGCUGCCCUGCAGGCCAAGCGUGGGCGCAAGAAGACCUCGUGCCAGCUGCUGUAAUUCCCCCAGCCUGCCUCUCCUGCCUGCCAGCCAAGCCAGUGAGCUGUUUGCUUCCAGGCUUGCCUCCCCUCUGAUGCUCUGCUGGAGGCAGGACUGGCAUGGCUCCUCAGAGGGGGAGCCUGCUAAAUCUGGGCAGGGGUUCUUCUGGAGCAUGGCAACUAACUCUGGAGGUGGGGUUCCUAGGCUCCUCUCAUCACUGUGCAGGGGUGGCAUUUUUCCCUUCCAUCAAGGCCUCUGGCCUGCCCUCAGAAGGUCCCUGAGGGUCAGUGGGAGAGCCGCUUGGCCUUCUGUGCUUGCUCACAGCAGCCUUGGCUCUCUUCUUGAAGACUUUUUCCUGCCAAAGUGUGAAAGCUCUUCGCUUCAGUCAUGGUCAGAGCCUUGAAUUGGAACAUCCAGCCCCAGGGCUGCUGUUCUGUAAACAAUUGUCAUGCAUUUGAGUUGGGGAAUCUAGUCCUCCAGCACAGUGGAUAAGCGGUCCACUUUGCACCCCUUAUUUGGCAGACAAAUCGAUCCCUUGGCUGGCUCUUCUGCAGAUAGCAGAACCACUCUGGGCUAGGUUCCCUUCACCAAGAAGAACAUAGACCAGUUCAAAGGCCACCUAAGAUUGGCUUCUCUUGAGGGCUGUCUCAAAGUGGCAUCAGGUCCCUCCACCUUUCCCCCCAUCCUGCUCUUGAAUAGAACUUUCUCCACUUCAAUAUUUAUCUCCUGGCGACAGAGCAGGGAGCUUCCUUUCUUCCAAACUGGCCAAGGAGACUGGGCCUUACAGCCUGGCCCCUUUCUAGCAAAAUAACUAUAUUUGUAAGCAGAGAUGCUAUGGGCCAGUUUGUCGCUGUUGGGCAGCUCUCUGGGCCUUUUGUGACUGGAGUAGCCACUACCACCGCUCCACGGGCAAAGGAUCUACUCUGUUGCGUCUGUCUCUCUCUCUGCUCCCCCUUCACUCCUGCUUCUUCUCUCCCCUCCCCUUUUGUACUCACUGCAUUGCCACCAGGGUGUAUGGUUUUUGUGUUUAAUUUGUAUUCACAUGUUUAAAAAGUGGUUGUUACUUUUCAAAUGUACUUGAAAGACAAAUCUGUAAUAAAUUUGUAGCGAUGUUUAGUA